AUACCAGCACAAAAAAUGUGGAAAUAUCUCCUUGGCAAGGUUUUCGUGACCACCGGCGGCAAGGCUCAGAACCAACAGCAAGCGACUAGUGAUAGUGAUACGACAACGAUGGCGACAGCGGUCGAAACACGACCUAAUCAACCUAGUGGUCUGAUGGGGCUGCUCGGCAUCUUUGGCACCAUGAAGCGAAAAAUUUUCGGCCCCUACUAUGAUCCGUACCAGCGGGACCAGGUAGCACAAAAAAAACAAGAACAAGAAGAAGCGCGUGACGAGCGACCAACCAAAGGAUGUUGGUCUCUUACCUCAUUGAUCGUGAACAAUAUCUCCACCAUGGCCUAUGAGCUCUUUUGGAACACAACAUCAGCACAACCGCCGGUAGCGGUAACAAGUUUUAACGAAAAACAGCAACAGCAUCACCAUUCGCGACGUCACUCACUCUUCCGUGGCCGGGAUAUUGACUUUACACAUUUCAAGACAUCGUCCGCUUGGGAAAACAGAAUGCAAGAGGCCGAACGGUUGAUUCGUGGUAUUUGUUUGCAAAACCAACAACAGCAACGAGACAGUAUAAACGAUCCCUCAGCAUGGGCUCCAAAUGCAGCCCUAGCCUAUCAACUUGCGGUCGAAGAAGACAAUAACAAAUGGGGCCUGGUGAACAAGGAGGAUCUCGAAGUCUGCUUCUUGGCGUACCUCACUAUUACCAGCAUCCACGCACGUAUCACCAUCUUUUUCAUGACGCAGUAUUUCUAGCAGUACCAGAAUAGGAAACCUUAUCAUCCCUUUCUCUUUUUUCUUUGGCAUAUCCCUUUUUCUUUGCAUACAGUAUACUAUUAAAGCUUUAUUGCCUCCUACACACAAACACACAUAUCAACUCUCCACACAUCCACAUCUGCACAUACACAUACACACAUCCAAAAGAAACCCCAGAACACCUAUCAAUCGAUCAAAAGGCAAAAGUAUCAUUGUAAUUUAGCUUUAUUCAUAAUUCAAUAUUUCUUUUCUUUUCUUACAUAAAAC